AUGCCCGCGCUAAUGCCGGAAUCUGAUUCCGAGGAUGAGCUUCCUCCAGCAUGGGAAGAACGUGCUACGAGUGAUGGUUUCGUGUACUACGUAAACCAUCAAAGCAAAAGCACGCAGUGGACUCAUCCACGAACCGGAAAGAUGAAGCGCGUAUCCGGUGAACUACCGCUCGGUUGGACACGCCACAUCGAGGAAGACACCCGGAAGGUGAUUUUCGUGGAAGAGAAAACGCAACGUAAAUCGUACACCGAUCCAAGGCUAGCCUUUGCCGUGGAGGAAGCACCGGAGCAGGUUGGCGAAUUACGCCAGCGGUUCGACAGUGGAACGAACGCGCUGCAGGUACUGCACGGGCGUGAUUUGAAUGGCAAGGUGGCCCUCAUCACGGGUGCGAACACUGGUAUCGGGUUCGAGACGGCUCGCUCGCUCGUUCUGCACGGAUGCGAGGUUAUUUUUGCCUGUCGGGAUGAAAAGUCGACCAAGGACGCGAUCGAAAGGAUCCGUACGGAAAAGGAAGCUGCCGGACAGCGGUGCAGUUUUGUAUCGCUAGAUUUGAGUAGCCUUCGCUCGACGAAACAAGCAGCGGAAGAGGUUAAAAAACGCCACAAGCACAUCGACAUGUUGAUCCUGAAUGCGGGAGUAUUUGCGCUACCCCAUUCCGUCACUGAGGACGGUUUUGAGCGUACAUUCCAGGUGAACCAUUUGGCACACUUCUACUUGACGAACCUGCUGUCAGAUCUGUACGAUCAUGCGACGCGUAUCGUCGUGGUUUCUUCCGAAUCGCAUCGGAUGAGUACGCUACCGAGCGGUGGUGGAUUAAGCGAGAGCGAUCUUUGUCCACCACAGCACAAAUUCUGGAGCAUGAUUGCGUACAACAAUUCCAAGCUGUGCAACGUUCUGUUUGCGGUGGAGCUGGCGAAGCGCUGGAAAUCCAGAGGCAUCUCGGUUUUUGUGCUCCAUCCAGGUAAUAUGGUUUCGUCCGCACUUUCCAGAAACUGGUGGUUCUAUCGCUUCCUUUUUGGUUUGGUUCGUCCGUUCACCAAAUCACUGCAACAAGCCGCUAGCACCACCAUUUACUGUGCAACUGCCUAUGAAUUGACCGGAUUGACCGCACUUUACUUUAACAACUGUUACGUGUGUGAUCCGUCCGGUGCAUCCAAGAACGAACAGCUCCAGCAAAGCUUGUGGGAAUUGAGCGACAAAAUGAUCCAACGUGUGAUGGGAAUGGAGACCCAAUAA